CUGGAAUUAGAAGCCUAAGGAAUCAAAAUAGGUGACACACAAGGAAAAACAAGCAGAUUUAAGCUAUUUCUUUUAUUAAACCAUUUUGGAGGACAAUUAGGACGAACAAACUCAGAUCUUAUUUAUUUUAUUAAACAACCAUCUCGCUGGAAAUCAACGUGCGUGUCCUAAAAGCCACAUGAUUCUUCGAGCUCUCUCACACACACACAUCUACGAUACAUUGGAAACACAAAAACUGUUGCCCCUGUUGGACCCAACCACCCAAGGUGAUUUUUUUUAAAUAGAACAAAUUACAGCUGUCUUCAGUUUCCAAACGCAGAAGCAAUUUCCCGAAUAAGAGACAGCAAAAAAACCCUAGGUGGGAAGAACAGACAAACAGACCUAGAUACCUUUCACCGCUCCGCGUCUGCUUCGGGAAUCCCAAGUUCUCCCUGCAUUGAACUUGAAUGCUUACAACUGGCGCGCUCCGGAGGGGGGCGGGGCUGAGCAGCCAUCCCUACGCUCCAGGAGUACAGCGUAGCGGUACUCACCUGGCAGCCUCCUCCAGCGGCGCAGAAGGUGGGCGCGCUUACUGCCGAUACUUACGAGCUGAGCAUACCGUUCUUCUUGACCACUGCGGCAGAUGCGGGGCUCCCCGAAGCACGAGAGCGGGAAUUCCCGCAGGGAAACCCCACUCUACAGCCCAGGGCUGGAGCUCCAGCCCCUCCCCACAGCGGCCAGCUCCAGCUGCUGCUCCAGCAGACGCUCGCGUGCCAUCCACCCAUCCCAGGGACUGCGCCCCCUUAGCUCGCGCGCUCUCGAAGUUCCAGCCGCCGACCCCAGCGCGAGACCCGUGUCCCCAGGGCGCCGGUACUGCGCAUGCUCCAGAGCCGCCUUCUUUGCGCACGUUCGAACACUGACUUCACGGGACUCUCGUUCUAGUCGCUCGCUCAGUCGGCUGAGGGGUAGGGAACUGCGCUCGUUAGGGAGCGCGGAGGAGAUGCGGCGGCUCUUUUAAAGCGCGUCUUUCCCUCAAGAGGAGGGCUGAGCCCUUUUUGAGAGCCCUUCCCCAGCCACUGGCUCACCCCGCACCUCGUAGGCUCUCGGUGCCCGCGGGGGAAGCUGGGCCUGUCAGAGCGAGUAACCUGGAAUAGAAAAUGGAACCUCAAGAAAGAUUUAUUAUGAAAAAAAUAUCUAAGAGAAGAGAAGAUAUGAAAAAAAAGAUUGUUCAAGUUGAAAAGUCUUCAACAAAGGAACCUGUUGAUAUUAAAAUACAACAAGUGACUAAGCAAGAAGUCUUACCAGAUGAAGGUCUUACAUUUUUUAUUAUGGGUGGUGAAGAAUGCUCAGAUUUCCAAGGUUUGAACCAAACUAAAGACCAGAGAUUAAAAAAUGAUGGUUAUGAAAAACAUGCUGCAUUAAGUAAUUUACAAAACUUUAUGGAUAUGGAUGAUGAAAAAAUCACGGAAAAAGUAAUUUUUCCAGAUUUACUUGAAAUAACAUGUUCUGAAUAUGAAGAUGAUCAAAUACGGAUUGAAAAAGAGCAGGAAUACAUUUUUGUGCCAAGCAGUUCUCCAGUGAUCAACCGAGAUAAGCUGCCAAAAAACAUGAUACCACGUAUCUUAGAAGAUGAAGGAUUUUAUAUUAAAAAAAAACCAGAAGCUUAUAAAAGGACUUGUAACAAAAUGGAAAAUCGCCUACUUAUAUUGGAAGAGGGAAAAUGCUGGUUUGAAGAAAGUGGUGAAAUAAUUUCAUUACCUUCUCCAAUUAAGCAGUCAUGGAAUUUCCGAAAGCUCAUCACUGUUGAAACCUUAAAUCCAGGAUUAAAAACAAUUUAUAAGAAGGCAAUAAAGUCAGAUAUAGAAAGCUGUUUCAGAAGCAAAAUAGAAGGCCAGAGGGAAAUGUGUCAACUAGAUCUCAACGUCUCAAUGUUACAGUUCAGCCAUCAUCCUCUCUUCAAUCAAGAACAAGUACUAUGCUCUAGGCUACUCCAACUUUAUGAAUGUUUUCAAAACAGACAACAGCAAAAUAUACCUCACUUGCUGUAUGAAAAACUUAAAGCACUAACAAAAGUAGCAAGUGAUAAUCUGAAAAUAAACCAGCUGACCAAAAAAUCUCUGCAAGACUAUAACUGGCAAAUAAGUAAUACAAAGCAACUCUAUGACUUGGAACAGAAAAAGAAUAUGUCUUUACUGCAUAGUAUGCUGAAGACAUGGAAACAAAUUAAGGUUCUCCGCCAACGGCAAGGAUUUAUAAGCACACCUAUAAAGCUGCAGUUUCAAAGGUUAAAAAUGAAUAUAGUCGAUGAACAAGAAGAACUAACAAAAGUGUCUGAAACCGAGACAAAGUCCAAAGGAGAAGACUGUAAGAAUGGGGAAAAGCAGGAGGACCUUUCAUAUUUAACAUCACAGUUUGAAGAAACAGAAUUUGAAAGGAUAAAACAACCCACUUUAAUACCGCAUCUUUCUUUGACUGCAGAAGUAACAAAUUUGUACAAGUGUUCUCUGCAUGAACAAAGGAGGAGAGCCAGAGUUCAAAAGCUUAAAUAUUUUAUUAAAAUAUUUUACAAUGAUAAACAGGUUUCUUGCACUUCAGCAUCUCCCCUGCAACUGGAUUUUAAAGUCAUGUUUCAGCAGAUUUUCAAUAUUCAACUAAUAAACUGGCCUGAAACUAUUCGCUUAGAGGUUUAUGAAAUAAGUAAAAGGACAAGCAUAUUGGCCAAAAUAUAUCUGCCUAUACCCAGCAACACUGCACUGAAAAGCAAAGCUGUUUUGGAACAGGCAGAGUUUAGCUGUGAUAAGCUAGCUGUACCUGCAUGUGGAGAAGUAGGAAGCAAUGUGCCUUUUCUUCUUGAUGUGACUGGAAAAGAAGAACUUUGCCUAUUGACAUCUGGAAAACUAAGCUAUUCUUUAUCAUGGGCAUUAGAUAAAAAUGGCAUCCCUUUAACACCUAUGUCCCAGUCACUAAGUUCUGUCUGCCACAGCAUGUUAAGGAAUGUGGAUGCAAGAGGUGUCCCUGGAAUUCCAUGGCUCAUUAAUACUCAGAAGCUCUUUCAAUGGGCAGAUGAAGUCAGAAUUGAUCCAAAUGACCCAGACUACUCAGAUUUGAUGGAAUUCAUAAUGUAUACAAGACAUAAAGGGCAAGCUAUUCCAAAAUAUUUUCGUCUUGAACAGCUGCAAGAAGAAUUUAAUUUUGUUUCUGAAGAGGAAAUUAAAAAAAAUAAACGUUUCCAACUACUACAACUUAGAAAUGCAGGCCAAUUAGAUGUCUCUGUUCUUCAGCAAAUGCCUCUCUAUGACAGAGAGAUACCAGAUUUAGUCUUCCAGGAAUAUGAAAGCCAGAUUGAGAAGGACAUACAAAUUUCAGAUGUAAAUUCUAUUACUUCACAAAGGAUUCAUUCUAUUAACUUUAUGAAAAAGAUCAGAAAAUUGGUAAUGAAAAAAAUUGUCAAAGUUAACAAAUUUAAUUUAUCAGAUGUUGUAACUGAUUAUGAAGAAAUUGUAUCUGCAAGCCAGCUGAAACACGCCAUUUGCCAACUUGUAGAACGACGAAGAAAUUUAAAACCUCAGAGAAGGGAAAGGAAGAAAGUAGCAGCACAAACGAUUGGUGAUGGGGACAUUCACCUUCUGGUCAGAAUCCUGAGAGCUUAUAACAUCCCAUCAAGGAAGCCUGCCUUGAGCCGUUCACCAGGACAUGAUUACAGCUUCUCAAACUUAUCUAAAAUAAAAGAUAAUAUAUAUGUCAACAUCUUUGAUGAAACUGUGAUUGAAAAACAUGAGGAUCAUUGUCUCAAGGGCUGUAGUGGUCACUCAUAUAUAAGAAAAAAUUGGCUUGGAUCAGUUAUUUUCCCUUUCUCUGCUCUUCUGCAGCAACCAAAGAUCAGUGGAACUUUUCAAGUAAAUAUUCCACCACUUUUGCUUGGAUACACUUGGAGUAAGACAUAUGUCUCACCUAAAGAAGAUUACAAUGGGCAGAAUUUAAAAGAAUGUACCUUUUUAAACAUUUUUGCUACUAUUGAGCCUCAAAUAUCAUCUGUUAUCAGUAAUACAGAAUCUGAUAAGUUUACAGAUGAACCAGAUAUAACACUUUUGCAGAGAGCACAGAUUUUCAGAAAAGAUUGUGAGGCGAUAUUUCCAAACAGAAGAAUUAUUACAACUGUUUUCAAUGAUGAAGGGGCAAAUAUCUUAGUAACAAGAUAUAUCAGGGCACUAAAUCCACCAAAGCAACUCCUGGAUUUGUUUCUCAGUGAUUCUAAUGCAACACUUGACAUCAUUGCUCGAUUUGUAUCUUUAAUUCCUUGCUUACCAGACACACUGAAUGAAAAUGAUGGUUUUGAUAUUUGGAUGUCACCAGAGCAUUGCAUCAAUUUAACUAUUGGAAACAAAGAAGAACAUGCAAUACUUUUGUGUAACUACUUCCUAUAUUUUGGAAAGAAAGCCUGGGUGCUAUUGGGAACAUCUACGUUAGAAGGGCAAGUGGCUUAUGUAUUAACUCAAGAAACUGAUGAAUAUUUACUUUGGAAUCCAUUGACUGGGCAAUCUCAUAAGCAGUUUGAUCCAUUUUGUCCCCUGCAAAGUGCUGACUGUUUGUUUGAUAAUGAAAACGUCUGGUUUAACAUUCAACAUAACAGUACACCAAUGUCUGUACAUUUUGACAAUUCAAGAGAAAGCUCCUGGAAACAACUGCUUCCCAAAAAUAUUCAAAUUCAGUGGAUGAAAUCAGAAACUGCACAGCCUAAGGAGAUACUGUAUUUUGAUACUAACAAAAGUAUGGUGGAAGAUUUAAAAAACAGGAUCGAAAGAACCUUAAAAUGUAAAUUGAUGGAAUGGAGACCCAAGCAGCCUACUCGUUGGAAUCGACAAUGCACUGCUAUUUUGAGGCAAAUUCUUCCUAAAUUAGAACUUGGAACUGGGAGUCUUGUUUCCAUUGAAGAUGAAAGUGAAUUUGAAAGACUACUACAAUUUUAUUGGGUUUCAGGAUUUCCUAUCCAGCUGCCAUAUACUGAUUUACAGUCAAUAACCAAUGCUGUGUAUCAAACUGGUAUUCAUUCUUCUGAAUUUCCCCAGACAGAAUUUGCCUUAGCUGUUUACAUUCAUGCAUAUCCAAAUAACAUAUUAUCUAUUUGGAUCUAUUUGGCUUCCUUGGUUCGUCAUCAAUGAAAAGAAGCAAAUGAAACCAGUGUCUAAAAUGUUAAAUUCUUGCAUGGUAUCUAAAAGGCAACUUCCUGGAUUCCCCAUAGGAAGAAAAAGAAGCUUCCCUGUUCUGAGUUUUGAUGCUCUAGGAGCCGUGCUUGUCUUCAAAUCAGGGAACGUAUUUAUAGCCCAGUCAGUGACUCCCCCAAGAAGUCUUGCACUCUGGUAAUUCACACUGUGUUCUUUGAGGAAGAGUACAGGGACACCCUGGAGUACCCGUUGGAGUUGCUGAAAAGUCCCUGAGGGGGUGGGGGAAACAGUCCCAAAGGCAGUAAAAACUCUGCUUGAAAGUCAGCAGUUAUAAUUCUAGUAAAGAGGUAACUUUGAACUAUUCUCAUAUAGGGAAGCCUUCACAUUGCUGAUAUGAGGUUGGUGUUGGGGCCACUGGCUUACUGCCCUGCCAGCUGGAAGAUGCUCUGAUGGGAUGAAGGCCCAAGGGAACAAGGAUAAUUUACUUAGAAACAUAGAAAUACAGCAGGAUUAAAUACUCACAAUUUAUCUUUCCAAUACAAAUGUUCAAAUACCUGUUCAGACUGUGGCAGGAGUCUCCCUUUGGGAGUUUUUAAAGAGCAGGAAGUGUCAAUACCCAGGAAGAAGUCCCAUAAACUCUGACCUGUUCUCAAGGUUCAGUGGGGAUGAAGGAGAUGUAAGUCUUUAAAUCUCAAGCCUACCUUCUUCAGUGGGAGGGUUCCUUCAUGUUUACUCCAUCAAAAUUCCACCCUUUUCAUCUCCGGUGAUUACACUGGGGAAGCCUGUCUAGUGGGACAGGAAAGUGUGAAAGGAGUAUGGCCAGAGGUUUAUGAAGUAUGCCAUCAUAUGUAUGUCCUUGAAUUUCACAUGCUACAGAAGAACACCACUAUUUUCUGAAAUGUUACUUAGUGACUUAUUAGAAUAAGUGUUUUGUUGUUGUUAUUGUUUGUUGUUGUUGUUGUUAAGGGCCCAGUAGAAUGGACUCUUAGACAUAAAUCCAGAGCAGGAAGCUCUGAUCAACUUUACACAACAGGGGGACAGGAGAAAUCUCUCAUUCAUUGGGUCUCAGCAGGCCACAAACACAACAAGCAGAGAGGGGCACACUUCAUAUGUUCCCCUGGAAUCUUCUGGAGGGAAUUUACCAAACUAUGAAUGUGUGCCUCUUAGAAGUGCACUAUCUCAAGAUUCUGUGAAUUGAGUCUUGGGGCAGGCUUGAGCCCAUGCUAGGUGUGUGGAGAGGGGGAAAAGUGUUUUAUUUCCACUAUGAAAUUGGAAAAUGUGUUUACUGAAACACAGAGAACUGGUUAGAAUUUUUAUAUAUGUCUAGAACCACUGUGUUUGUAUUAACAUCCCUAUAUCAUUUCUUAAUGAAGUAAUUUUUCCUCUUUGAUAGAGAUAAUACAAAAUGAUGCCUAUAGCAAGAUUAUAUUGGUGAAGAGAGUUGGAGACCCCAUUAAUGCAGUUUGUUGCUGCUGAUGUAUAAACAUGUUUGCAACUAAAUUGAAUUAUUAAAAUCUCUUAAGAAUUAAAAGACAACUUAAAGUAUAUUGGUAACAUUACACUAGAAGUGUUUAUAAGAUUCUUGGUUUAGUUUUUACAUUUUCUAUUUAAAGUAAAUUGCAAUUUUCAGUGGCAAAAUUUAUUUUUAUUUAUUUAAUUUUUGAAUGCUAAAAGUAUAUUACUUCAUAAAAGACAAUAUAUGCAUAAUUUAAGAUGUGAACCAUAGAAAAAUAUUUGAGAAAUAUCAAAAUGAGUAAAUCAGAAUCGUUGGGUUUUCAUUAAAAAAAACAUUUAAA